AUGUAUUUCUUCCAUGACUUGCUAGCAGUUUGCAGAGAGCUAUCAUUAGAAGAUUCUUUGGAUGAACUUAUGCAAGAGUUAGGAGCAGAUUCUCAGGGUAGAAUAUCCUAUGAGCAGUUCUUGAAUAGAAGACUAGCUUUGAGGCCAGAGAUUGAUGCUUUGAAAGUCACUAAUAAGGAUACUGUUAGUGACAAUAGCCAAGGUAAGUUGGACAGCUGGGAAUGGGAUUCUGGAGCAAGGGAUAUGAGUCCUGUACCAAAAAACAUCAUCAAGAAGUUCAACACAGAACGAAUUAUGGAUGAAGAAUACUUCAAGCCUAGGCAAAUGCCACCGCAAAGGUUCCCUACAAAUAGUCAAGUAUUCGGUCCUCCACGAAAUGUCUUCAAACCGAGUGAAAUUCCAACCAACCAAUUGUCAAAACCAGAACCAAUGUCAACAACUUCCAUAAACCCUUCGUUCAGAACAAACAGAACUAUUUUCAAUAAUAGAAAACCUCCGAAUUUCACUUUCGAAGAAUUAUAUAACAAAGAAAUUGACGAGACUGAAGUAGAGUUCACCUCCAAUUAUGAAAAACCUUCAUUCAACAACUUCGACUCUUAUUAUAAUACAAGUGAAAAUAUUAUUCCUGAAAAUGCAAAUGAAGAAAAUUUCACAGAAAGUGUAAAUUAUCCGAAAGCAAGCCUAGAAAAUCUCACGACCUAA